GAGCCGCGCGGGCUGCGCAUCGCGUCACAUAAGCUCUCGAUUCCGACGCGGUCGCGUUUUCGCGAGUCGAUCGAAAGCUGCGCUGCACCUAAAACGAAACAGGCCGCCGCGCCGCCGGGGAGGCCCGAAAUCCGCGAGCGGUUAAUCGCGAGAGAUCGUCGUUGCAGCGUAUGGAACAUCGCCCGCGCCAUUACCGCGGUGGAGCCACCUGGUCGCGCGGAUUUCGCGAAGAGAUGCAGGGGUAGAGAAAGCAGGCGGGAGAGAGGAUGGGUAACGAGGGUGAUCGCGUACCGCGGGAGGGGUAUUAAGGAAAUCACGUAUUGACGCGUCUGCGUGGUCACGCCGGCGCGUUGCCGUCGUAGAGGGUGCGCCGUGGAGGGGCGAGGGAUGAGAACGUGCGGCGGAGUGGUGGAAGGAUAGGCACUGAAGACCUCUCUCGCGGGGGUCGGGCCAGCCUCGAUCGCUCAAUAUUCAACCCUUCUCGCCGGACGAGAGCGCCCGACAGCAGCGGCUCCUCCUGCAGACGGGGGCACGAAUCGACCGUUCCUUCCUUUGCGCCCUCGCCCGCCGCGGAGCUGUUCGAUCGCGGCCAACGUUCCGCCGGAGGAAGUCCUCGCAGCCCUCGAGAGGGAUCGGCACACGCGGGUGGCAACGCGUUCUUCUCUCACACCUUCUCGCUUCUGUCGAAGCCGCGGAAUUUCCACUCCCUUUCUUCUCGCGCUUGCGGUGGUUUUUCUCACCCCGUCAUCGGGAGUCGCUGUAAGAGCGGGAUGGAGGGCAAGAAAGUCGAGCAGUUUUACACCCCGCCGCCAAAGCUUGGGAAAUGGGAAGGCUUCCGUAUCUUCCUCUGGAACUCCGAGACGGGACAGUUCCUGGGGCGCACUGGCGCCAGUUGGGCUAAAAUUUUGCUGUUCUACGUAAUUUUCUAUGCCGUCCUGUCCGGCUUCUUCGGUGCGAUGCUCGCUGUGUUCUAUCAGACGUUGGAUCCGAACGCGCCGAAGUGGCAGCUAGAUAAUUCGCUGAUUGGCAGCAAUCCGGGUCUUGGUUUUAGGCCUAUGCCUUCUGAAAGCAACGUCGAAAGUACUUUGAUUUGGUACAAGGCUAGCGACCAGGGUAAUUAUCUUCACUGGACCAGGGAGUUGGACAAAUUCUUGGAAGAAUAUAAAGAGGCGCAGACUGGUACGCUGUACCACGAUCAGAGAACUAGAUGCGAUCACAAUAAUGCAGCACCUUCAGGCAAAGUCUGCGAUGUAAACAUGUCCAAUUUUGGACAAUGUACGAAGCAAAACCAAUACGGUUAUGCCAAAUCCGCACCUUGCAUCUUCUUGAAACUGAAUAAGAUUUUUGGAUGGGUACCGCAAUUUUAUAACGAUACCAAAAAUUUACCAGAUAUGAUGCCAGCGGAUCUUAAGGAGCAUAUCAAACAACAAGAUAAAAGCAAAUUGAACACUGUUUGGGUAUCUUGUUCUGGUGAAAAUCCUGCCGAUGUGGAGAAUAUGGGUGCAAUUCAGUACUUACCAAGUCGAGGUUUUCCUGGUUACUACUACCCAUUCAAGAAUAUCCCUGGUUAUCUAAGUCCUCUGGUAGCUGUGUUCUUUGAACGGCCCAAGUACGGGGUGCUCAUCAAUAUUGAGUGCAAAGCAUGGGCGCAUAACAUUCAUCACGACAGAUUUGAGAGACGUGGCUCGGUGCACUUCGAACUGAUGGUGGACUAAGCUCGGCCAUUUCGCGUCAAUCGACAGAUCAUCACCGCUAUUAACCGCGUCCAAGUAGGAAGCCGCAAGAAAAUAGAACAGAAAGAAGACAUUUCUUUUUUAACCUGCCUCGUUGGCCGACCGCGAUCACACCCUGUACCAUCCGGUUUUCUCUCUGCCCGACGAUACCGCUCCGGAUUAGCCUUACUUCUUCUCACUGUCAUCAUUUCAUCAGCUCAUCGUCUUCGUACUUACAACGAUUGUAACAGCAUUAUCCAUCUAUCAUGUCAAUCGCCAAGAGAAGGAAACAGGAGAAAGGAAUACGAGAAAGAAAGAAAGAAAGAGAGGAAGGGAAGAGAGAAAAUGAACAAAAGGGAAAAGCAAGAUAAAUGAAAAAAUGAACUCAGCGGAGCAAUCAACUACAAUCGAGAUGCACAAAACCAAACCACGGGAAUGAAGAAAGGUGAAAUGAACAAUCCCGCACAAAAACCGGGCGGUAUCUUCUCUUAUUUCUGCCAGGGUUGUGUCACGGGGAGUGAUCUCGACCAUCGACGGCUAGUCGAUCGUUUGCAAAACUUAAUUCGCGCGAGAAAGAGAGAGAGAGAGAGAGAGAGAGAGAGAGAGAAAGAAAAAGAGAAAGAGAAAGAGAGGUUUUCCUUUAGUUAAGAGCCCACCGACCGUUCCAGUUAGAUCGCUCUUGAGCUUUGCGUCACACACGUUUCUUUUCACGAGGACAAACUCGGCCGAUUGUUGGCCGUAUGGCACCCACUGCGGAUGAUCGAUGAUCUUAGUUCAGCUAUGUAGAUGUAUUACAUUAGUGUGUUAUGCCCAUCGCGUUACGAUACAUCUUGGCAUGUCGGUAUGUUGAAAUUUUUGGGCAUUGGUAUAAGAGAAGUGGUACUCGGUGAAUUUUAAUAAAAGACAGCAGGCACAAAGGGAUACAAGUACGCGAUAGAUUCAGUUGGACUUAUCGCUGUCGAGUAACAAUGGUGAACAAUGAUAGCUUAUAACGUUUUUUGAGUGAUGUUAAUAGUGUUCAAGAGAAAAUUAGCCACAAGAAAAUUAGCAACGCGAAAUUGUCAUCGGUAUCUAUCAAGAUGUUGACUAAAGUUAUGUACGUUAUGUGUGAGUUAUUGCUAUGCUCGAAAUUUUUUCAAAACUAUUGCAGCAUUGAUGAGAUAUAGUUAAAAUCUUUAUAAAAAUGAAAAAUAUUUGUUAAAGAUUUUUAUUUUUGAGAUAUCUCAUCGAAUUUAAAAGAAAAAAACGAUUAAAGUUUAUUUAAAAGUUAUCAGGUUUUUUAAUCUUAAUAAACUACUAUGCGUUGUUAAAAUCGUCUUCUCAUUUUACAAUGUAACGCAGAUUGGAAUUCUAUUUAUAUAAAAAUUAAAAUAAAACGCUAUAAAAAUUAUCGAGUGAUACGUUAUAAAAAUUAUUGUGAUCCGUUAAGUUUGCGUUGUCUUGUACGUUGACAAUUGUUACUUGUAUUCCUUUGUUCUAAAUAUUUUCAAUUGAGAGUUAAAAUUAAGUGUUAUUAUAUUGAAAUCUGCUAUGGAGUAUGAAAGAGUAUAAGCAAAUAUACGGAUAUUAAAGAGG